AUAUAUUUACACCCAAAGAAGCCCCCGUCUCUGUUCUUCCUACUAGAUUAAUAAUUUCUAGAUACCUCGAUAACUUCUUAAGAAAAAAAAAAAAAAGUGAGGAGAGAAAAAUCUAAGAAAAUGGAAAUUGGGCAAUUACCAGAAGAGUGUAUCUCCCACAUAAUCUCCUUCACAUCUCCUCGAGAUGCGUGCAGGUCGUCGUUGGUGUCUCCUCUGUUCAGAUCAGCUGCGGAUUCUGAUGUCGUUUGGGAAAAAUUUCUGCCUUCUGACUACAAAAACUUCAUCUCCCAAUCAGUGUUGAUCCCUGAAACGACACUCAAUGCGAUGCGCAAGAAGAGACUCUAUUUCCAUCUCUGCUACAAUCCCAUCACAAUUGGCAACGGUAACAUGAGCUUCUCAAUAGAUAGACAAAGUGGAAAGAAAUGUUUUGUGGUCGGAGCAAGAGGGCUCUCAAUUGCAUGGGGGGAUACACCACAAUAUUGGAAAUGGACUUCUCUACCUGAGUCUAGGUUCCCUGAAGUGGCUAAGCUCAAGUGUGUAUGGUGGCUUCACAUCAUUGCAAAUGUAGACACCAGAAUUUUGUCCCCGCAAACGACUUAUGUCGCUUGCCUUGUCUUCAAGCUCGCAGAACGCAACCACGGGUUUGCAGAUAGACCAGUUGAGCUGCGUGUUGAUUUCGAAGGAAGAGCGAGCGGGGAAGGACUCAGCGUGCUCCUAGAUUCUCGGAGAAACAUGGCUCUUAUACCUCAAGACCGGGGAGAUGGGUGGAAGGAGGUUGAGAUGGGUGAGUUCUUCAAUGAAAAUGGAGAGGAUGGUUCGGUUUUGUGUAGUCUAAAGGAGGUUGACAAUUACCACACUAAGUCUGGCCUCAUUAUAGAAGGAAUUGAGAUUAGGCCUAAUGUUGGAAUGUAAAAGAGAUAUAUGGCCAGUUUGAGGUUGCUAUGCUUUUAAAAUAAUUGAUGUACUUUUAAUAGAAAUACUUCUUUUUACUUAAAGUAAAAGAAGAAGCAAGAGUAAAAUCUAAAAGUUACAUAUAAGAAUUUAAAAGUUGCAUUAAUUUGUGUGUAAAGUGUUUUUGUACACUUUUACCGAACG